AAAGUUGUUACCAUACACUCCCCUCUCCAUUUUCCUUUUCCAUCAUCACACACAAACGCAUAUUUUUGUCCACCAUCACCAAACAUUCUUCUAUCAUCUCCCUCCCUAAUUAAUUUUUGUUAACUUACGCCACUUUUGCCUCCGAAACUCUUAACCUGCGCACCGUUCACAAACAAAUUUUAAAUUAAUUCAUCAACACAUAUUGUAGAAAGAAGAAGAAGAACGGAGGAAGCUGGCGCAUAUUAGCAGAUCCGUUGCUCAUAUCUGAUCUGGUAUAACUGUGAAGUGUGUCUGUGUGUGUCUAUAUAUAUAUAUAUAUACGCUUAUAUAAUGGCUGCUCCACCGGCUAGGGCAAGAGCAGAUUAUGAUUACCUGAUUAAGCUUCUUUUGAUCGGCGAUAGCGGUGUGGGAAAGAGUUGCCUUCUUUUGCGUUUUUCUGAUGGCUCUUUCACUACUAGUUUUAUCACCACCAUCGGUAUCGAUUUUAAGAUAAGAACUAUUGAGCUUGAUGGAAAGCGGAUCAAGCUCCAAAUUUGGGACACUGCUGGUCAGGAACGGUUCCGGACAAUUACAACUGCUUACUACAGAGGAGCCAUGGGUAUAUUGUUGGUGUAUGAUGUUACAGAUGAGUCAUCAUUCAAUAACAUAAGAAAUUGGAUUCGCAACAUUGAACAACAUGCCUCAGACAAUGUUAACAAGAUCUUGGUCGGAAACAAAGCUGAUAUGGAUGAAAGCAAAAGGGCGGUACCUACCGCAAAAGGCCAAGCACUAGCUGAUGAGUAUGGUAUUAAGUUCUUUGAAACCAGUGCCAAAACAAAUCUAAAUGUGGAGCAAGUUUUCUUUUCUAUUGCGAAGGAUAUCAAGCAAAGGCUUUCUGACACCGAUACAAAGGCUGAGCCAACGACAAUUAAGAUCAGCCAAGCAGACGGGGGAGCUGGGAGUAGUCAAGCUGCACAGAAAUCUGCUUGCUGUGGUUCUUAAAAUUAACUGUGACGACAACAUGAUAUAUUGGGGGUCUUUUGUAAUUUUCUACUUAUCUGCUAUUCUUUCUAAACAUUUUGUGUUAGUGUGUGAUAAACAUAGGUUUCAAUUACUGGAUUCCAUCUUCUUGCAGGAUACUUAUAUUUUGCUUCACAA